AUGGCUAGUCCUCGAACACAGCGACUUUUAAGAGAAUUACGCUUUAAAGAUGAUAACAAUCUAUGUUUCGAAUGCGGUGCUCACAGUCCUCAAUGGGCCUCCGUUAGUUAUGGCACAUGGAUCUGUUUAGAAUGCUCUGGUAAACAUCGAGGUCUUGGUGUUCAUAUCAGUUUUGUAAGAUCAACUUCCAUGGACAAGUGGAAGGAUAAAGAAUUAGCAAAGAUGAGGACUGGCGGAAACCGACAAGCCAAGGAAUUUUUUAAAUCUCAGGGCGAUAUUUAUGAUGGAAUCAAUAUAAAAGAAAAGUACCAAUCUAGGACAGCUGCACUAUAUCGUGAUAAGAUCGCUACUUUAGCAGAUGGUCGUACUUGGUCAAUGGAAGCUUCACCUGCGUUUAAUUAUGAACCACCGAAAGAGACAGCAUCUGUUGAUCCUAGGCUAGGUAUCUCGAAUGAAGAAAUUGCUAAUAAACGUGACGAUUUCUUUCGCAGAAAGCAGGAAGAAAACUCUCAAAAAUCAAAUGAUCUACCACCUAGCCAAGGAGGACGUUACGUCGGAUUUGGAUCUAAAAAGGAGGUUCCCAACAACGCUAAUAAAAACGAAUUUAUAGAUAACGCUUGGUCAAGUUUUUCAUCGGGCUGGACCUCAUUUACUGCAGGAGCUUCUAAAUUUGGUGGUGUUGUACAAGAUCAAGCUGUAAAGUUUGGCUCAUCUAUCAAUGAUAGCGUUUUCAAACCUGUUGGUGAGAAAGCUAAGGAAUUUGGGACAACUUUCGAUCAAACUGUAGUCAAACCAACCAAGCAAAAGAUUAAUGAUUCUAAAAUACUCGACAAUAUGUCAACAUCUAUGACUACAUUUGCAACAAAAAUAAAAACUGCUGGCGAAAGUGGAAUGACUGAAAUACAAACUUUAAUGAAGGGGAAACAAAGGGAAGAAGUAAAUACUGAGGGAAUGGACAACGAUCAUGAUCCAUAUGAUGAUGAUGUCUUGACAGAGGAAACGAAAAAUUUUAGUAUUGAAGAUGAUGGAGGCGAUGAAUGGAACUCUUGGGGUAAAUAUGACGGCUGGGGACAGCCUAAUUCUGAAAAUAAGCAGUAUUCAUCAAAAUUCGACGUACAAACUUCAGAUCAACCUGAUACAAAAGCUACUCAUACAUCGACGAAAAAGGUACAAGCAGAUAGUGAGUGGAAUGAGUUUGUGAUAGGAUCUAGAUCUACAGCUAAGCAAACUGACGCUAAAGAUAAGAAGGAUGAUAAUAGUGGCUGGAAUGAUGAUUGGGAUGCAAUGCUAAAUUCGGAUACCGACGUUAGUAGUGCUGGUAUGAAAUUAAAAACUGAUACGAAAGUAGUUUCAAAAAAAUCAGAAUAG